CCCAGGGCGGAAGGAAUAGAAGGCCGUGAUGCAUGAUGGCGGCUUGUGUUCGCUUUAAUAAAUAAUAAUUUAAUUUAUUUAUGAAGUGUAAAUAAACUUUGCAACAUAAAAAAUAUGUGAUGGUGAAAGUAACACAUGGCGUGGAACGAAAGUACCGUCCAACCUCAGCACUUUGUCGAAGAAAUAGACUAUAAUGAAAUUGAGAAGUUAGAGGUUGUUGGGAAAGGUUCUUUUGGAAUAGUUUGGAAAGGAAGGUGGCGAGAGACGUAUGUGGCAGUUAAGCAUAUUGACUCAGAAGCAGAAAAGAAGGCAUUUGCAGUUGAGGUUCGUCAGUUGUCGCGAGUGAGCCAUCCGAACAUAGUGAAGCUGUAUGGUGCUUGCACACAGAAUCCUGUUUGCCUUGUAAUGGAAUAUGCAGAAGGUGGUUCUUUAUAUAAUGUUCUGCAUAAUACUCCACUACCCAUAUACUCAGCUGGGCAUGCCAUGAGUUGGGCAUUACAGUGUGCAAAAGGUGUUGCUUAUCUUCACAACAUGAAACCAAAAGCUUUAAUACACAGGGAUCUGAAACCACCAAACCUUUUGCUCAUUAUGGGUGGUAAAGUGCUCAAGAUUUGUGAUUUUGGUACAGCUUGUGAUAAGAAGACGUACAUGACCAAUAACAAAGGCAGUGCAGCAUGGAUGGCACCAGAAGUGUUUGAAGGCUCCAAUUACACAGAAAAGUGUGAUGUCUUCAGUUGGGGCAUUAUCCUUUGGGAAGUUCUAAGUCGUAAGAAACCGUUUGAUUCAAUUGGAGGCUCAGCAUUCCGCAUCAUGUGGGCUGUCCAUACAGGAGAACGACCACCCCUGAUCAUUGGCUGCCCGAAACCCAUAGAGCAACUGAUGACAAGUUGCUGGGAUAAAAGUCCUGCUAGUCGUCCCUCCAUGGAGGAAGUGGUGCGCAUUAUGAGUCAGUUGUUUCCCUUCUUUAGAGGGCAUGAUGAACCAGUACAAUAUCCUUCAGAAGUGUCAGCCCCCUCAUCAGAAGAAAGUGAGGGUGCUGAAGAAGGUGACUAUGGUUCAGAUACACUUGAUUCACAAUCAGAAUUGAAGACUACCUUCAGUGAUAGAUCACAAACCCAAAUUGUUCCUUCAAACUUCAAUGGUUCACUGGGUGCAGGCACCAUAGUGACUAGUAAAGACCAGGAGCGGUUAUCUACACCUCUUCAUGUUCAUGUGGAUCCAGAUGCAUGGAAACUAGAAGAAGGUGCUUGGCAACAAAAUGGCUCAGGUUCUAGUGGUCUUAAUAACAUGCUGUCAGCACCAUCUGGCCCAGUUCGCAUGGAGAUCCACAACAGGCCAGGACUGGAUAAGAUGGUUGUCACCUCUAACAAUCUACAACAUUGCACACAGCAUGAGCAUCAUCUAGAUCGGCUACAAGAGCAACUUGAACAAUUGCAGCCCCCAGAUGGCACUGGCAGCAGCACUCACCACGAAGAACUGGACAAUGUUUAUCUCAUGCUGGACCCACAGCUUCAUCCCAUCACCCCCAACACCUCAUGCCAGCAGUCUGUGCAGAUCUUUGAGCAGCACAAGCAGCUGGCACAGGAGUACUUGAAGGUACAGACGGAAAUUGCAUACUUAUCUCGCCACAAAGCCCAGCUGGCAGAGAGACUUAGCGAAGCUGAAGGCUUGAGUCAGCUGGACCAGCAGGAUUCUGAGCGUCACCAAGAGGAACUAAGAAAGCUUGAAAAUGAAAAGGCGAAUUUGUUGGCAUUACACCAAAAUCUGAAAAGGCAGCUCGAUAUCAUAAAACGACAACGUGGAACCAGUGUGGGUGAUGAUGGCUGGGUAGUUGUGCAAAACCAAAACCAUUCCCAUGUACCCUAACCUCAACUGAACCCACUUCAUCCCAUCAUCAGCAGCAAGUACUCUGGGAGGUAUCCUUGGUACGUUUUAUCCAGAGAAGCUAAGCAUGACUGGUCAAAACAAAGUUUAACAACAAGAAAUACGUUCAGUCUGAAAUGCUUAGAAUGAUAUUUUCUGAUAUAAAGAAACUAUAAGGAUGCUAUUUGUGAUAUUAAUUCAGGGUACCAAGAGGGCCUUUGGUGUGAAUGAACAGAAUGAAAGGUUGAUGAGUUGAACAGUACUGGUUUGCAGUGUUGGCAACUAAAUGUGCAUACUUCAAGUAGCUGGCUGGUGUAUGUGUGCAGUGUGUCUGGAUGAUGAGAGGGCCCGUGCUGAGAAGGUGUUAGCAUUCUUGAUGAAGCAGAGUACUACCUUGCUACAUUAACUUUUAAUUUGGUGACCAAACUAAGGGUAACUGCCACUUGGUCUGUCUGCUCUGAUUGGCUACAAGGAGGAGAAGGGAAAUGCACAUCAGUGACAGUACACUAUCUUUGGGAUUCCCUGUAAUUACCUUACUUUAGUUCAUAUACUUUUUUUUUUGCCACAUUGAAAGUUGAUGUAUUUGGGCAGUCUCUGUUUAUUGAAGCAUAAAAUGAAAAGUUGACAUCACAAUUUUACAUUCUCUAGUCAUCUCUAGUGACUUUAUGUACCACAGUGUACGUGACGUUACCAUCAGUGUAUGGACUUUCUUCAUAUCUUCUGAGUUCUGCAAGAUAAUAGGACAUACAAAACCUUGAAGACUCAAGAAAGAAAAGGUUUAGUGGUUGUGCUCAUGGAGUUUAUAUAGUUGAUAUCCGAAUAGAGUAUUAAGGAGAAUUUCAGUUCCAUCUGGAAGAAUAGUAUAUUCAUGAGUGAGUUUAUGAAAUUAAAUCAGCUGUUGAUAAUCUGCAGAAGUGGUGGAUAUGAAAACAAGGAUUAGGAAGACAUUAUGCACAGUGAUGUAAGGUUUUAAAAUUCACAACAUAUUUGGUAUUCAUUACAAAGUAAUGAGGUAUAUGGCCUGUAGAAUCUAAAAUAUGAAGAAAAUGGUGUCAUUAUGCAUUAGAUCCCUACUUUCUCUGUGAAAAUGUCCCGAUGUUGAUUUUUCAAGUAUUUAAGGAAAAGCCCUUCUCUGAUGUGUUGUUUAGUUCGGUAUUAGAUUUAAAGCAAUCUGAAUGGAGCUUUUUCUUUAUCUCAGGCCAGAGCAUGAAAUGACAUGAAGCCAGAUUUGGCAAGUGAGUGCUGGCACUACAACAUUAUGCUGUGUUAUGUUCUCUUACUCAACAUAUUUUAAUUUGCAGCAUUUUACUUGUACUCCAGUUUUAUGUAAUUUGCCAGCUUUUGGUCUGUGAUAUGAGGGUCCCCAAUAAUCUUCGCUUUGAUUUUGAUUAUUUAUGGUGGUGUUUCAAUUGGACAUCUUCCAAACUGUGUCUGUAUUCUAUACUGUCAUCACAUAUAAAGUCAUAUAGUGGAAAUCAAAAGCACUUGUGUGUUAACACUUUUAAACUCUGCAGAUAUUUUGACAAUAUUCUUAUAGUUGGUUAGUAAAUUUAUGUGCAAAAUUUGAUAACCAUUAUUCAAUUUCAUUUCAUGUCAUGUGCUUCCUCACAGUUUAAUCAGAAGAAAUGAAACUGAUACAAACCAAAUUGACUUUAACAUGUUGAGACGUGGAUUGAAGUCUAGUCUCAUUAGUUUCCAACCAGUCCUCACAAAUAUAAGUCUGAAUUUCACAAAGAAAAAUUAUGAAUAUUGAUGGAACACAGUUUAAGUUUCCAGAAAUUACUUGUUACUGAAUUUAAAAAUUCUUCACCUGAAAAAGUGACUGAAUAGUUGCUAGUUGACUGUAAUAAAAACAAAACUGAAAAAUAUGACACCUGAAGCAAACUAGACUGCUGUGAUGGUUUAACACACUGGGUGUUGUAAAUUUAAUUUCAGCAGUUUUUAAAUAGAAUUGAUGUUCUUUGUGGAAACUUCCAAUUGGAAUAUCAUAAUUAUCGUAAUUAAGUUGUUGGUCACUGGGUGUGCACAGGUAACUGUCUCUGAGGAUGUGGAAGAAUCAAGUUAUGUUAAUAGCAAAAACUAUACUAGUGUAAGAAUAAUGAAAGUAUUAACUCUAAGUAGUACAUGCUAUAUUUAAAAGUUUUAUUAAUGUAAGACAAGCAGUGAAAUAAGAAUAUUUUCUAUGAACCUUCUCUCAAGUAGCAUGCUAUCCAAAUAAUGCAUAAAACUAGAAUCCAUCUGCCUCUUAUCUGUAUAAAUAUCUUAAAAAAAUUAAGGUAAAACUUUUAGUGCAGAAGUUGGAAAUUUUAAUUCCUUGAGUAACCUUUGAAAUUAUGUUCUGCCUUCAAAUAUGUUUGAACCCAUAUUCUGUUAAGUGAUUGAUAAUUGUGCUUGGCAUGUAUUAAUGCAAGUUUGAUAUAUUUGGUGCCCAUGUAGUGCAUUUUAGGCAUGGAUAGUUGAAUGUAGUAGCUUAAGGGUUAAGUGUUACCAUGCAUAAGAAGAGGCUAGCAGACUCUGUAUCUGACCUAUCUGUGUUCAAAAUUUCACUUCUAGUACCUGAAAGUUGUUAGACAUAAACUUCAGAGGUAUGCCUGUGCAUUCAUUGUAUUUCUCAACACAUGAUUUGUGAAAAUUUGUGAGCGUACUUCUAAUGUCUCGGCAACAAAUUUCAUAUGCCUGGCUAAAGUGGUUUGUAUGACAGAUGGAGGAGUAAGUAUAGAUUUUCCCAAGUUCAUUUUGCUCCUCUCAGCUAAGAAAUUUAUGCUUUUGCCACAUUGGUAUUAUUAAUAGUAAGGUAUUAAAAAUAAUUACUCUGUGGUGGCCUACACCUUUCACAGAUGUUUCCGUUAGGAACUAUACAAUAAAAAAUUAUUGAGUUUCGUAUUUGAUUAAGACUGGCAAAACAUUGACUGCAGUGCAGUUAAAAUGCUUUUUAGUGUAGUGGUAAAUUUAACUUUAGAUAUGUGAAAAUGUCUUAAAGAAUGAUGAAAAUUAUUUUUUCAUUCAAAAGUAAUUGAAUAGUGGAUGGCUGUACAUGUACCUGUGUAUUAACAUUAAUGAAAUAGAAUUGAGAAGUACAAUGAGUUGGAAGGCAAACUUGUAAUCUGCAUUGAUUCUACGAUAUAGAAUAAGUCAAAGUACAGUACCAAGAAUUUUAAGAGUUAAAAUGUGUACUCCAGUUCAGAGCACACAUAUUUCCCACAUGCAGUAUGUGAUAGGUAUUUUCUUCAACAACAAAUAAAGAAAUGAAUAUCGGUAGCUGGUUCCACUAUCUUGUAGAUUAAAGAUCUCAUUUCACGCAGCAUGACUUAAGCAGUUUAAAGAGAAUAACUGAAUGAAUAAACUUUUGAAAUGUUUUUCACUGUUUCUUCUGUACCUUUAUAUACAAAUGUGACAUUUUACAAAAACUUAAAUAGUUCUGGUGUAAAGUGACAUUAUGAUUUAUGAUUUCUCAAUUUAAACAGUACAUUUAUAUACUUAGCUGAAAAACCUAGAGAUGGCUGAAAUUUUACCAGUGAAGCUUUUAUAGUAGGUCGAUAGAAAUUUAACUGACAAUGAAGGAAAUUCAUAUUGAGGAACAGUAAAUGGUUAUUCUGCUGUUUCAAACAAGAAAUGCAUAAACUUAUUAAUUUAUGAAAAUGGCCUCAAUUAUGUGUUUAAAACAUUUACUGAUGAUCAAUUUAUUAAGAUGACAACUUAGCCUCUUUGUACAUGCGUUUUAGUGGGAUUACAAAAGAUUUAAUUUAUUUUAAUGGAAUCUUGCCUUAAUAUUUUUUUAAACAGGUUUUAUACUGAGUGAAAUUUGAGGUUCUGAUGGUGGUGAGUAUGAAGAUGACUGCCAAGUUUACCAAUGUUUCAGAGGUGUUUGCAUGUCAACAACCUAGAAGACUGCCACCUUCAGGUUUUAUUCUACUUUAAAAUUGCUUGAAUAAAAAUUAAUUGUGUUAAACAUUUUCUUUCUCCCACUAGUCUGUACUCUAUAUAGUAUGCAUAACUUUGUGCCUACUUACUUUUUGUGUAUUGUGUUACAUCACAUUAUCCACAUGUGGCUGAACUUUUUAUUUCAGUGACUGGUACAAGACCGCUGGCUACCCACAGAUCAUGACAGUCAAGUUUUCAGAACUUGAUAAUUUCUGUACCUCUGAAAAGUAGGUUCACAGAGGGCAUAGUUAUUUUGGAUGAAACACUUACUUUGUUGAUGACAACAUUUACAGAUGUAAAAGGAAUUUUUUUAUGAUACCAGACUGAUUGGUGAAGAGUAAUACUCUUGACUUAUAUACUGGGUGUACGAAUUCAGACAUUGGCUAGGCUUCUGACUCCUAACUGAGUAAUUUUGUGAUGUUCCUAAAUAUCUCCAGGUUAAUGUUUGGUCAUGACCAUCACCUUCCAAAUUCAUAUUGAAUCUCCAUCAGUGAUCUUCUGUCUUAUUCAGAACUAUAUAAAGUAUGUAAUUGAAGUAGCAGUUUUAUUUAUCUAAAAGUAAUCCCCCCCCCCAAAAUCCAAAACACUGAAUCUGCGGUUGGCAACAAUUCUUGGACACUUACACAACAAUUCCAUAUAUUCUUGUCCAAAAGUAUUAGUAGUUUAAUAUCAGUUUGAAUUGCGAAUAAAUAGUUGAUUUUUACACAAGUGUAAACAUAUUUUAAUGCAGCCAGUCUUUUGACCUUACCAACUUCUGCAUCCCAGGCAGAGAUGGAGGAAUCCCUUUAUGCAACUGAAGUGCCCAUAAGAUGGAACCAUGCAUCUUCUUAUUCCUUUUUUUUUUUUUAAAUUAGAUUGUCUAGUUGUUGGGUGGCCGGUAAAGCUAACAUGGUGUUUACAUAAUGUAAAGAGAAGUGUUAUAACAUGAGUACUAGUACUUACCCAUAUCUACAGUUAUUUAUUAUUUGUGAUGAAAAGUUUUGGAAUAACAAGUAGUAACUAUUGAAAUUAAAGUGACUAAAUGACAAAAUAGAAAGUGUAUAACAAGGCUAUUGUUGAGGAAAAUGUGCUUCCUGAGAAGAAAUGUUAUUUUGGUAACUAAUAAGCAUGUCAGCCAUGAUUUAUUUUAUUACAAGACGUAUAUAUAUGUAAGUACAUUUUAAGACCAGUUGUGAAGUAUAUAGCACAUGAAAUAUUUGAAACUUUUUGUAAUCUUCCUCACAUGUUAAGUAUGCCCCCUGCAUUUGGAGUAAUGUCAAAAUGAAACAAAUGGGGCUUUUUAUUAAUGAUAAUAAAUUUCCAUUCAAGUAGAAACAAA